AUGAGAGCGACGCUUGUGACGCUCAAGAAAUCUGCGUCAUCUACACGAUGGCUUGCGAGACAAGCCAAUGAUCCCUAUGUCAAGGGGCGUAUCGGCGCUGAUGCUGGCGGGGUGACGUAUAGGUCAAGAUCGUCAUUCAAGUUGAUCUCGUUGUUGGACAAGCGAUUUCCAAAAGUAAUCGUCGAUCUCGGUGCCGCUCCAGGCGGAUGGUCUCAAGUGAUCAGGCGGAAAGCACGACCACAAGACCUCGUCUUCGCCCUCGACAUACUCGACAUGGAGCCUUUGAAAGGUGUGGAGGUUCUCAAGGGUGAUUUCCUAGAACAAGCGAUCCAGAAACGAUUGAGAGCGAGGAUCAUGGAAGGGAUCUAUGGCGGGGCAUUGGUUCACCCCGACCAUCGUGAUCAUCGAAUGGUCGACCUCGUGCUCAGCGACAUGAUGGGACCGAUGACGGGGAACAAGCUUGCGGAUGUGCGGACGAGCUUGGAUCUUGUCGAGGCGGCGUCUGCGUUCGCUUUCGCCAAUCUCAAGGAGGCACCGCGGGUAGGGAAAGGAGAUCCGAGAUCGACCGGAGGUCAUCUCGUCAUCAAGUUCUUCAUGCACCCUGACAUGGUGGAGUUUCAGAAACAAGUCUUGGAACCGAGGUUUCGCAAAGUAGCCGUUCCCAAGCCGAAAGAGUCGAGAAAGGAAUCCAGUGAGGCGUAUUUUGUCUGCCUGGGGUAUAAGGGAGAUCCAAACAGGUUGUAA